AUGCGAGUCAAUCAUUUCGUUUUAUUUAUUUAUUUAUUUAUUAUCAUUAUUAUUAUUUGUUUUUUCUCUUCUCAGGCCUUCAGUCGGUCCUUUCGGGACAAAUCUACGAAAAAAACUGGCAACUCUCCUCGACGAAUGGACAGGCUCAGACGGAGUUUUCGCGAUUCUUUUCGUAAACGGAAAGAACAUGUUCCGGAAAGUUCUAAACCUCACCAGUGGCAAGCGGAUGAACUCGGAGUCAGGACCGGAACUUGUUGUUUUCAAGUGAAAUAUUUGGGUUGCGUGGAAGUUUUCGAAUCGAGAGGAAUGCAAGUUUGCGAGGAAGCGUUAAAAGUAUUAAGAGGUAACACGAGACGACGUCACGUCAAAGCCAUUCUCUACGUAUCCGGUGACGGAUUAAGAGUUGUCGAAGAUGAAACGAAAGGAUUGAUUGUGGAUCAAACCAUCGAGAAAGUAUCAUUUUGCGCUCCGGAUAGGAAUCACGAAAAAGGUUUCUCGUACAUAUGCCGAGAUGGAACCACACGGAGAUGGAUGUGCCAUGGAUUUUUGGCAUUGAAAGAAUCCGGAGAACGAUUAAGUCAUGCGGUCGGAUGCGCUUUCGCUGCUUGUCUCGAAAGAAAACAAAAACGAGACAAAGAAUGUCGUGUGACGAUGUCGUUCGAUGCCAAGAAUUCAACGUUCACACGUUCCGGUUCAUUCAGGCACACGUCGAUAACGGAUAGGCUCACCGAUCCACAAGAAAUAAAACCCGGAGCAGAUUCUGGAGUGGCCGUUAUGAUAGAUAUUCCCGGAGCUGAUCCUCCUCCCAUGAAACAAGUUUACAAUCCGUAUGCGAUUGAAAGGCCACACGCAACCCCGUCAAUGUUACAAAGGCAAGGUUCUUUCCGAGGUUUUUCGCAAUUGCCGGGAGCCUCGCCAUUUAAACGUCAACUUAGUCUUAGAAUAAGUGAAUUACCCUCUAAUUUAGAACGUCAGCGAAGUCUUAGUUUGGAAGGAAACGACGUUCGAUUGCCACUUACAAUUAAAUCUCAAGUGAGUCCCAUUCCUGAAAUAGCACCCAUUCCCGAAAAAGGUAAUUCAGAUCCAGUUAGUGCAAUGUGUCAACAAUUAUCACAAGGAUUAUCGUUGCUUUCCAGUGAUGAUUUCAUUGACAAAAUUGAUUCGACAGCAUCUCAAAUUAGUAAUUUUCAGUCUAAAAUAGAUUCUUAUUCGUUUCAAAGCGGCGGCGGCGGCGGUCCCGUGUCCCAGUGGAACGCGGAUAAUUCAAACAGUUCGUGGGAUUCGUCAAAGGAUUCGACCGUGAAUUUGGGUAACGUGAAAAGUUUACCCAAACCCGAACAGUGGCUCGGUACGGUCGUCGCAAACACAUCGACGACGACGAGUCCAUCCCGGAGUCCGACUCCGCGGAAAACUCCGCCUUUGGCUCACCUGAGAGCUCAUUCCCUGGGUUCCGAUAAUUUUUUCGCGAAAACGUCCGGGCUCAGACACGCUCAACUCAAUGGGAUAUUGGAUUUCAAUCCGAGUCGAACGAACGUCGUUUCGUCGGACGACAUAGCGACCGCAUUGCAGGGUUCACAAAACAGUAUUGGUUCGAACAGUAGUUCGGGAAUAGGUACGAAUUCGGGAACGGUGUCAUUGAAUUCGGGAAAUUUCAAUUCGCAAAGCGGCGGAGGUAACAACGUUGAGAAAUUGAAGGAUCCGUUCGAUGCGGAAUGGGCCGCGGUCGCGACCAAAACGGAAAAUAACGAAACCCUUUCGAGCACGAAUCCAUUUUUAGUACCGAACGCGAUAAAAUCAUUCGAAGUUCACUUGUAA